CCAAGAGCAAUCAUGGACCAAGCCAAGUUCAGCGAUGGUGUGAUGCAUACUAAGGACCGUGGCUCCACACACUUGUCCCAGGAAACAGUUAAAAAGCUGAUCCACCAGUCUCAGGAGGCAAAGCAGCACUCCUACUGCCCUUACAGCAAAUUCAGAGUGGGAGCUGCUCUCCUGACUCCAGACAACUGUGUGUUUACAGGUUGCAAUGUGGAGAAUGCAUGUUACAACCUGGGUGUGUGUGCUGAAAGGAAUGCUAUCUCAAAGGCAGUUUCUGAAGGCUACAGAAGUUUCAAGGCAAUUGCAAUUGCCAGUGACAUGAAUGACCAGUUCAUCUCCCCGUGUGGUGGUUGCAGACAGUUCAUAAGAGAGUUUGGAUCAAACUGCGAUGUGUACCUGUCUAAGCCUGAUGGCUCAUACCUGAAGAUGAAGGUGGACGAGCUGCUGCCCGUCUCCUUUGGCCCUGAAGAACUGUCCCUGAAGAAAGUGUUUGACAUUCCUAAUGAUACUGAGCCUGUAUUGUAGUACAGAACGCACACGUUGC